AUGGCGCCCGGCGCGGCGAUCAUGGCUCCCCGCAUCGGGCAACUUGCCUUGAUUGUGACAUAUUGCGACUCUGUUGGUUCCGAUUCUCACGCCGGGGCUCAUGAUGCUGUCGAAUGUGAUGAUGAUGAUGAUGAUGAUGAUGAUGAUGAUGCCGACGGGCAUGGUUUCGGGAUGGUGACGAUGGUUUCGGAGUCCCAGCGUCGGCCAACGGUCCGGGUGAGCGAGAUGCUCGCUGAAAUCGCUAUCCGCUACAAUUACGAGGAGCUUAGAGCCGCCACCCGGGACUGGAGCAAGAGCCGCCAACUGGGCAGUGGCUCCUAUGGUGCUGUUUUCAAAGGGGAGAUGGAGGAUGGCUCCGAAGUCGCCAUAAAGAUGAUCGAUCUCGGUGCGCUGGGCGCUGCCGGGCAGACAGAGGACAUGGCUGGUUUCGAAGAGGAGGUGAAGAAUUUGAGCAAGUUUCGCCACCCGAACCUCGUGACUCUCAUCGGCUGGGGGAAGCACGAACAGUUCCGCUACCUGGUCUACGAGCUCAUGACUGGAGGUGAUGUCUACGACCGUCUCCUGAAAAGCCGCAGGCGUGACAAUCCCACGCCUUUCAUCUGGUAUGAGCGGAUAAGCGCACUUCUAGACGCGGCCUCGGGCCUCUCGCACAUGCACAACUCCAAGCCAAAAGCCUUUCAUCGCGACAUCAAAGCUGCCAACAUCCUCCUAGAUCGGCACGGCACAGCGAAGAUGGCCGACUUCGGGCUCUCGUGCACCUCCUCCGGGCAGGGGCAGAGUGGGAGCCACGUGAAGGUGAAGACCAUCAGCGGCACUCCUGGCUAUGCUUGCCCCAUUUACGCCCGCACCGGCCGGGUCACUGAGUUCAGCGAGGUCUACAGCUUUGGCAUGGUCAUUUUAGAGGUGUUGACGGCCAUCCCACCGGCAACAGCAGAUCCUUCCAAGCCCGGCGGCAUCGCGUAUCCAAUAGAGACUCAGCUGCUUCCUGGCUCGCCUGGAGCAGUUGAGCGCUGCGUGAACGCAGCAGAUAAGACGGCCGGAUGGCCGAAGGGAUUGGCCGAGGACCUUUCAGGUCUGGGCAUCCGCUGUGUGAAUGCUAAUGACGAGAAUUUGCGACCGAAGUUCGUUGAGGUGGUUCGAUCCUUGCGGCAGCUCGGCGAGAAGUAUCCACGGCCCCAGGCAGGCACGAGUCCUAGUCAGAACAGUGGCUACGUGGAGCAGCUAUCCUCGCAGGAGAUGUCGCAGGGCUCAGGGCCGCCGAGCGGUCCUUCGCCUUUCUCCCUCGAGCUCAUCUCGAGCGAUGGCCUCCAGGUGGACAACCUGCCACAGCAGAGGAGGUUUCUGCAUCUGCUGGUCUCUGGCGAGGUGGCUGGACGCCUGAUUGCGCCAGUGGGACGCCAAUACCAGCCAGACUUGUUUCAGUCCUGGCUGCAGAAUCCGGAACUGAACAGCUGCGUCUCCAGGCUCUCCUUCGAGGUGAGCUGGGCGCCCGGGCCCUCCGACGUGCAGAUCACGGCGAAAGGUAACAAUCCCAUCACCCUGAAUGGCCACAUCCUGGCUCGUGGCGAAUCCAUGGCCUUGGACCUCAACUCCGAGGUGGGCUUCCCGUAUUCGCAGACCGGAGAGCUGUCUUUAUUCCUUCGCCUGCGCUUCAGCCGGGCAGCGACGGUGGAGAGUUUCGGGGCGGCCGUCGCACCGACAGCGGUCCUGGACUUCGGAGAGGAGCGAGUGGGGAGCUGCCCCUGGGUCUUGCGCUGCUCCUUUGUGGAGGGGCUCAGCGACGAGCUGGCGAAUCUCUCUCCCAGUGUCCGGGAAUUCAUCGUCGAUGAGGACGAGCCACUGGUCAUAGGUCGGCAGCACCAGGCAAAGGAGCUGGAAACGCUUCUUGCCAAGUCGGAAGAAAUCGACUCCGACAUUGUGGUUUCCGACAGUGAGGUUUGUGCAGAGAGUGCCGGUGCCAGUAGCGACACUGCACCCCUUGAGGAGCUAAGCGGCGAAGAUUUCGAGGGAUGUGAGGACCAGGAGGGGGAGCCGGAAACGAAGGGUGCGGCCAUGCGCUCGCAGGGGCUCCUCAAGCGGAGAUCCCGUGCGGGAACCCUUCGCAAAGCGGCCACGAGUUCACUCCUCGAAGACCCGGUCGCCCGUGCACAAAAAAGGGUCCAGGAGCAGCUCGCUGCUCGAAGACGCGCUAAGCAGGAGGAGCGGCGACAGAAGGCCCAGGGCCAGUGCCGCUAUUCGGUGAACCUCGAGGCCUUCAGACGCGCAACAGCCGCGCGGGUAGCGAAGGACGUCGAGGAUGUCCCUCAGGUCGCGACAGAUUCCUGCGAGCUUGUGGGCACAGGUAUUUCAGUCGUUGAAGGCGGUGGUCGGAAAGCGCAAGGAAACGGAAAGGCGACACAACGCAGGCGAAUCGCCAUUGCAGGUGCUGGUCCUGUGGGACUCUGGGCAGCAAACUUGAUCAUGCUGCGACAUGCACGGCGCGUGCAGCGACCAGCCGCGGGCAACGGAGCCGUCGCAGCCAAAGCUGCCAAGGCCUCGGGCUUUAUUCGCAGCAAGGAUGCUCCGGAGAUCGUCAUUUUCGAGCAGAGGGCAGAAGAAGAGCACUGUUCCCGCCGGAAUGUACGUAUCACACUGGAUGCCCACACGGCUGCCUGCCCGAAUCAGUACUCGCUUGAGACUGGCAUCGUGGAACAGUUCAGACACUUGAAACCGGUGUGUGCUUCUAGCAAAGAUCAAAUUGCCAAGGUUGCACUGCUGAACAAGCACACAAAGUCCAAGCGCUUCGAGUCAGGCAUGGCUUUGGCAGAGAUCGAGUCGAUCCUCCUGGACCAAUGGCGGCGACUUGGAGGUUCGAACAGCAUUCGCUUUGGUAGCAAAAGAAGCCCGGAGGAGAUUGCCGCCGAAGCCGAUUGGGACUUGAUCUUAUGGGCUGGAGGGAGGCGAUCGCUGGAGGACGCCACUCGUGCCGAGAUGUCCUGCGAUCUCCACGUGGGCGAGAGUGAAGAGGUUUUGGUCUUUGAGAUGCGAAACUUCACCCGCGGAAAGUCAGCCGCCAGUGUGAAGAUCCAAGAGUUGGAGCAACUGGCUGCUGUGGAUCUCACCUUCUGUGCACGAAGCGCUGCCGCUGCCACUGCCUGUGGCGAGCAAUGCAGUCCAUCCUCCCUGUCCUAUCGAAUUGUCCUCCGCGUGGCGCAGGAUGCAGCGACAACUCCCCCGAAGCCCCUGUGCUGGCUGUGGUUCAUGGGACUUCCAGAGGAGCUAAAGACUGCCAAGGAGAAGCUUGGCCGAGGGAAGCCGGCAAAACCCUGCGACAGCAUCCCGGCAGCGCUUGAAAACGAGUUCUCUCGCCUUGGCUUUUCUUCUGACGGCCCGAGUUGGAUCCCUCAGAUGCUGGCCGCCACAGCCUCUCUGCAGGAGAAGCUCCUGAAUCCAGCUGAAACCACGGUGCGCUGGGUGGAUGCGUCUUUCUGGUCCUCCACCCAUGCGGUCUGUGCCGCACCGGCACCGGGGCCCGCCGGAAAAAGGGCGCCUUUCCUGAUUCUGGGAGAUGCGGCAAUGGGAAAACCAUUCUACACCGGGACGAACCUGAACGUCCAUUUCACCGAGGUGAAGGCACUCUCCAGGCUGCCCGUCAUCCGUUGGGGUAGCGGCACUCAGAUGCCUUCCCGAUGUUCGUCCCAGUUCCUACUCACUUCGGAUGAGGCAGCGCUGGCUGCAUACCAGCCGUACGAGGAUCGCUUUCAGGAGGUCCUGACGCGAACGCCCGGCUUUCGGCGCGGCGAGCGCCGCCUGGCACGCGCAAAGACCUGCCAAUUCGCAUAA